CGAGUGAUUUCAUGGGGGCUUUGAUUAUGCUCGAAAUUUCAAGAAAAAAAAGUCUUUCCGUUCACUAAAAUGGAUGAGAAAAUGUCUUUAUUUUUAUCACAAGGAUUGCAUAUAUUUCAGGAUUCCUGAAUGAAUACUGGACAAGAACUGCAGCUAUAAAAGUAAUCAUCAUCGAGGCUGUUUAACCAGCAUCUACCGUUAUUGGGCGCCAUAAUAAAUAAAUAAGUCGAGAGAGGAGCGCUGCAGCCGAACUGCUGAUGUCAGGCGCUUCAGUGCUGCAUUUCAUGCUGCAGGGUGGAUGGCGACGGCGAUCUUCUCCGGAUUCACACAUGCGAGCCUGACAAACAACAUGCGGACUGUCGUGAUUAUAUCGGCGCUAGUAUUAUACCUGGCCCCAUUAGGGAACACGGGGAAAAGGGUUUUUAAAUGUCCAUCCUCAUGUAGCUGCUCCAAGGAGUCUAUUAUCUGCGUCGGGUCCUCGCAUGUCCCGCGAUUCAUUCCCAACGAUGUCAGUUCACUGAGUAUUGUGAAUGGGACCUUCUCUGAGGUCAAGGAGGCGAUGUUCUCACACAUGUCGUCCUUACAAUUACUGUUGCUGAACUCCAAUGCCCUCACUACAAUAAGGGAUGAUGCAUUUUCUGGCCUUCCGCACCUGGAGUACCUGUUUAUAGAAAACAACAAGAUUGAGACAACAUCAAAAUACUCUUUCAGAGGACUUAGGGAUUUAACCCAUCUGUCUUUGGCAAACAACAACAUUAAAGCUUUGCCCAGAGAGCUAUUCAUUGAUCUGGACUCAUUGAUAGAGCUAGACCUGAGGGGCAAUGCUUUUGAGUGUGACUGCCGAGCGAAAUGGUUGAUGAUGUGGCUAAAGAGCACGAAUGCCACUGUAUCAGACGUCCUCUGCGCCGGCCCUGAGGAGAUGAAGGGCAAACGGCUCAAUGACAUGGCGAGCUUGCAUAACGAGUGCAUCUCUACAGAUUUCAUUCCUCUCCACUCGGUGCCUACGGAGUCUUUGUCUGUGGACACGUUUUCCCACAAGAACGAUGUGUACGUUGCCAUCGCUGCUCCCAACGCAGAAAGCUGCAUGGUGCUCCAAUGGGACCACAUCGAGAUGAACUUCAGGAGUUAUGACAACAUUACAGGUCAGUCCAUUGUUGGUUGCAAGUCUGUGAUUAUCCAGAACCAGGUCUUUGUCAUUGUUGCUCAACUCUUUGGUGGUUCCCACAUCUAUAAGUUUGAUGAAGACCAAAGCAAGUUCACAAAGUUCCAGGACAUUGAGGUAUCUAAGAUUUCCAAGCCAAAUGAUAUUGAGGCCUUUCAGAUUGGCAAUGAUUGGUUCUUCAUCAUUGCUGACAGCUCAAAGGCUGGUCUGUCCACUCUCUAUAAAUGGAACGACAAGGGCUUCUACUCCUACCAGUCCCUUCAUGAAUGGUUUCGUGAUACAGAUGCAGAGUUUGUCAGUUUGGAUGGUAAGGCCCAUCUUAUCCUAGCAAGUCGUUCCCAAGUACCGGUCAUCUAUCAGUGGAGCAGGAGCACUCAGAAAUUUGCCUUGCAGGGUGAGAUCCCUAACAUGGAAGAUGUAGUUGCUGUCAAGGCCUUUUGGAUAAAGGAAGAUCUUUAUCUGGCCAUGACCCGGUACAUCGGUGACUCCAAAGUCUUGCAUUGGACUGCUAAGGAGUUUUCUGAGGUUCAGGCCCUUCCUUCAAGAGGCUCCAUGAUCCUGCAGCCUUUUUCCUUCAAAGAAAGGUACUACCUGGCUCUGGGAAGUGACUACACCUUCUCACAGAUCUAUCUGUGGGAUGCUGAGAAGAAGGUUUUUGAGCGUUUCAAGGAAGUCUACAUCCAGGCUCCACGUUCCUUCACUGUGGUCUCCACUGACCGGAGGGACUUCAUAUUUGCCUCCAGUUUUAAGGGCAGCACACAGAUCUAUGAGCAUAUCAUCAUUGAUCUGAGCCUUUGAGUGCUAUUGUGGACACAGUUGCAAUUAAGGCACGUCUGCUCAGCAGCAACCCCUCCUUCGGGCAUUUUUCUGGGCAAUACAAUUAGUGGGUUUUGGGAUGAGGGAGUUCUGGGAAGCAAAUGUAAUAUGGCAUUAUCAGGUUCAUAGUAGAAUAAGUAUUACAUCAUGCAUCUGUGUAGUUUUACAUAGAUUCUGGGAAGGCCCUGACAGUUUUUGUUUUACUCCUCAGCCCUGCUGAAUCAGAGGACAUUUCUGCCGAAAGUAUGGUGCAUGGACUACUGAAAACAGUUGCACUUGUCACCUGUAACUACCUAAAUCACUUUACAUAAUGAGUACCUUUGAGAGCCUUUCAAAUCUCUGUAUGCAACAGCUGAUAACAUGCAUGAUGUGGCUGCAACAACAUUGAAAAAAAAAAAAAAACAAUUUUCAAAGCAGGCAUGCAGAUCAACUAGUGAUACAGGUGACAAAUGCAGUCCUAUUAUCUUUAGAGACAUCAAAGAAUAUUUUUACCUCAUUGUUCACUAUUGAAAUCAUAUCUCUCUUUUAGUCAAUGGGAAAAGAUGUAAUGUCAAGUAAUUUAAAAUGAUUUGCCUCAUAUUAUAUUUAUUAGGAUCUCUUCAGAUUAAAACAAAUCAACUUAAAUUUCAGUUGUGUGGUCAUUAGGCAGAAAUGUGAGUUUAUGUGGUUGGGUUUAUUGAAUUCAAGAAUGAAGCCUUUUGUAAAUGGAAAAGAUAAUCUAUGCUUAAAUACAGGGAAAUUGUCAAAAGCAAAAACCUUUAAAACCAUCAUACAUCUUAUAAAUACAGAAAGUGACUUAAUCUUACUCAUAAACUUCAACAAUCCAACUGACUUUUGGAGUCAAAGAUUUUUUUUUUGCUCUGUACAAUGAAUGUAACCAACUUUUUAUUUUAAAGGUGCAGAUAGUGAUUUCUGAGAAACGCUGUGUAAAGUGGAUUGGACCGAGCAUCACAACACACUUGUAGCCAAUCAGCAGUAGGGGGCGUGUCCACUCAUGAUGGGGGAGGAGAGAGAGUAAGCAAGAGAGAGAUCUGAAGAAACACUGUAGAAAGAGAGAUGGCUGAGAGACAUUACAUAAAGAGAAAAGGUCAGAGAAAUAUCACUGGGAAAAGAAGGUUUAUGAUCAGAAAAGAGCUUUAGGACCCGCGUUAAUAUUAGAAAAGCUUUCCAGCACUGGAGAGACCGAAGCGGGAAGGCCUGAAGACGGACAGAGGUUGUGUUGUUUCUGCUCCAUACAUGAGUAACAUUGGUUUUGCUAUGUUUCACAGAACCAAGUUAUGCUGGUGUUGUAAUAUUAGCUAUAGUAACAGGACAAUUUUGAGUGUCAUUGUUUGUCUGGAUCCAGUGGCGGAACUAGACCGUGAGAGAAUAUCAUGCAUAAUACUUGUUUGUUUUCAUUGUUUUGACCCAUGUAACAUUGUAUUCUAAUAAAUAAGCUCCCAAAAGUGUAUAAUUUCACAAUUCUUGAUUCCAACUUAUAUACCACAGCAAAAAGUACAAGCCUAACUAAUAUACAUUUAAAACAUUAUUGAAGACAAAUGAACAGUCAGUAAUAAAAUAAGAACAGUGCUAAGAAUUAAGUGCUUGAAAUUGUUCAGGUCUAAGAGUAAUUCAGGUACAGAAAUUGAAUAAUCAAAUAUAAAAUAGCAUUGCAUAAUCUUCACUGUAUAAAUUAAAUAUAGAUGAAUCCUUGUUCAAGCUACAAAAGUUAUUCAGUCUUGAUCAGUGAGUGAUUUCACUCCGCCACCUCCCUUGUUAUUUGAUUAAAUCUAAUGACACAUACAGCAACAGGCUAUUUUAGGCUGCUGUCACUUUAAGACCAAAUGCAAAAUAUUGCAUGCAAUAAAUUUACACACAUUAGAUUUCUUUCUGAACUGUUUACAUUCGGUUAAGACAUAACCGACUGUGUUUACUAUGACACUCAACGAGGCGGCCAUUUUGCUAUACUUUUAUGUGCAUUUGUCUGUUCAAGCGCAAGAAGAGUAUUUGUGCGCUUUCUGUGUGCGCGCUAUAGAUGACGUGCCAUAGGCCUUCAUACUCUUGUAUACUGUUUAUUUUUUUUUAAUCUUGUUCUUGUCGUUCUUUCGUCAUCUUCAGUUUCAGCUAUGAUAAAGAGACAUCCACUUGCAUUGCGUGUUUGUGCAUUUUGGGGGUGGAGCAAUGAUUGGAGGGGUGUGUUUUGAUUUCAAAUAUCAACAGCGUUUCUCAGAAAUCGCUUACUGCACCUUUAAGUACUAGUGACAUAAAUGUUGAAUGUCUGACUUAUUUUGAUAACAAAUGUGUUAAAAUAAGAACCUCUUUUCCUUACAGUUUUGCAAGCUGGGAUACAGAGAAAAAAAAUAAUUAUUGCAGCCUGCAAAAGCAUGAUAUUCAGCUAUUAAUAUUCAAUACCUUUAAGUCUUGUAAAAACUCAAUACUCAUCUCAUACUUCAUAACAUAAUGUCCUUAUUCAUAUCAGUUUUAGCUUAAUCUGAUAUACAAAAAUAGAAUUUUAAUUUUGUAAAUCAUGACUGUUUUUAUUCUCAUUUGUUGAAUGUUGUUAGGCAUAUGUUUUUGAAUACUAAUGUAAAUAAAUGCUUAUGAACACUGUU